GAGUUCAUUCUACGCCUACAUGGAGCCGUUGCCCGUAUAUCAAAAUGAGAAGAUCGGCACUUUGAAGGAAGGCAUCAGCUUCACAAUAACCGGUAAAAUUUUGCUCAAUUGUGAGCGAUUUUCGAUCAAUUUCGUUAUCGAGAAUGCAACACGAGAUGUUGCGCUCCAUAUCAAUCCACGCCUGCCGCAAAACUACAUUGUACGCAAUACCAAAGUGAAAGGCGUAUGGGGCAGGGAGGAGGUCUCGUCAGCACUGCCAUUCUCACUGCAUCGUGGAAGCCGUUUCGCCAUUCAGAUUUUCAUAACAGACAGUGAUUAUCUGAUCUCCGUGAAUGGUAUACAUUUUGCCAAAUACGCGCAUCGCUUACCCUACACUUCGGUGUCGACAGUCGAGGUGAAGGGCGAUGUGGAGGAUGUGAACAUGGAACGCGCCGAUGUGGAAUGCUAUCCGGAGCAUUUACCAGGCGUAGAUCCCAAAGAGAUAUGUGUGGCUUUAGACAUUUUCGAUGAGCACCCGAAUGGUGGCGAUAAGUCCGCAUUGAUGCCCUACGACGAAGUAGAUGGCUCGAAUUUGGAUUGGGCGCCACUUGGUAUAAAAAGUACGAUUGCGCUAAUGAAAAAUAUCGCAUGUGGCAUACCACUACCCUACUACGGCCUCUUGCCGACUAAUUCGUUGAAAGUGAGGCGUUGCCUUCAAAUUGUGGGACGCGUCAAAUUGUUACCACAAUCGUUCUACAUCAACUUGCAAAAGGGUCAACACUAUUGGCCGCAUCCGAUUAUCGCAUUUCAUUUUAAUCCGCGUUUCUCGAAACAGAGUGGCGCAAUCGGCAAAGCGAUUGUGUGUCGAAAUGCUUGGUUCAAUGGCGCUUGGGCGGAGGAGGAGCGCUCCGAAUUGGACACAGACUUUCGGCCGGGCAAGACGUUUCGCUUGGCCAUUGUGUGCGCGGAAAACACAUUCGAGGUGUAUUUGAAUGACAAACUCAUAACUGAGUUCAAGUAUCGCAUCAAGCCGGACAUAGUGGAUACGGUGUAUAUACAGGGUGAUAUUAAAUUGCGAAGUGUUGUGCUGCUCAGCAAUUUGUCGCCAAAGGGCACACGACGCAUUUAGACAAAUCCGUUCUUCAGAUAUAACUAAUGAAUUGGGCGACAAAGAGGAAAUAAAGUGAAGAUUUCCAAUGCUGUUUGCGGCACAUAGUCAGACAGUCAGUCAAUGAAGAGAGCCUUUGGAAAGGUAGUUGCGGAGUUGUAGUCGUGCAAGCGCAACUUAAGC